UCCCAGCACGGGCAAGGGAACCACACCAUCCAUCUCUUCUUCGUGUCGUCUCCCUCGUCUGGCUCUCUCAUAUACCCCGGCCCCCGCGCUGCACCCGCCCUGUUCGCCGCCCUCUCUCUUCCUUUCCCCUCCCCUUCACUCCCUCGUGCUGCUGCUUGUUGAUUGUUGUUGUUCCUGUUCCUUGCUCCUCCCACAUACGUAUCGUAUUCCUAUUUUCCCCCAUUCAUCACGCUCGCUCGCUUUCCCUCUCCUCGCUCCAAGACCACCCAUGUCGUCUGCCGAGCAGUAAAAUCAAGCGGGGUCAAAAAGACGAAACGACGAGAUCGAUCAACAAACAACAAUAAUCCACACCUUGUAGCUGCUGCAGCUCUGCUCCAUUUCAAACAACACACACCCCAGUCAGCAGCAGGCCUCAGGCGCACACACAAACACGCGCCCACCCAGCAGAGAGUACCUAGAGCCCCGCCGCAGAAGGAACAACACCACCAGCUCGUCAGACGCGAUCCAUCGUCACUCACUCACCCGUGCUCGUGCUGCUGCCGACUCUCUUCCCUCGCAUCAACCACUCCACAACUCCUCUGGAGUCGUCACUCACCACCGCCAUGGCUGCCGUCACCCGCCAGCCGUUUGCCCCCCUCGACGGGGCGCGUCUGCAGAGCCUGACGAGCCUCAAGAAUAGGCAAAACGCCGUCGCGCCCCCCAGCGGCAAGCGCAAGGCCGAGCUGCUCGACGUUGACGACGACGCGGAAAACGUCGAUCCCGUCCUCUUCGCCAAGCGCUCCAAGGGCUCCAACUCCUCCGCCUCGCCUCUCAAGGACGCCCUGCUCAAGCCCGCCCCCUCCGCCUUCAUCCUCACCAGAGCUGCCGCCGCUCCCUCCACGCCCUCGGCUGCCGCCAGGCUUCCCCUCAAGCACAGCUCCACGCUCAGGCGCACCCUCCAGCCCAAGUCGCCCGCCGCCCGCCUCAACAGCGCCCUCGCCAGCAAGUCGUCGCCGUCCGUCUCCGCGCCCGCCGGCCGCUCGCCCACCCGCGGCAAGCGCUCUGGCAUCCUCUCCAGCCGCCGGCGCUCCGGCCCCUACACGCGCGUCGACCCACCCUCGUUUGGCCUCGGCAAGGCUUCCUCUGCUGCUCCCUUUUCUCUCGACGCCGCCCUCAAAGGCACCAUCUCCAGCUAUGCUCCGCCGCCGGCAUCAUCAUCGGCGUCCGUCGCCCGCGCCGCCAGGCCUUCAGCCCGCUCCUCUUCCUCCACCACCAGCCUGCUCGACGAGCCUGAGGCCAAGGCGAGCUGGUUCUUCGACAUCCACGAGGACACCCCGGAGCAGGAGAUGACCAACCUGCUGCAGCACAGCACGUGCGUUCUCGACAUCUCGUCAGACGAGGAGAGCGCGCGCAAGGCCACCCGCGAGCGCGACGAGGGCCGCGACAAGGAGAACGUGCCGCCUCCCGACGAUGUCUCGCAGACCCGGGGCGCCAGCAGCCACAGCCGCGCCGCCCCCGACGACAUGGUGGUCGAAAAGGAGAGGGUCGCGCUCGGCGAGAUGAACGCCGUCGACUUUUACGCCGACGGCUGCGAUGAGUCGUCGGUGGUGCUCGUGCACGAGGACGACGAGCAGGAGCAAGAGCAAGAGCAGGAGCAGGAGUCGGAGCCGCCCUCGUCUCGCAACUUCAAGUUUGCACCCGACCUCGAGGUCCUGGCCGCCGACGAGGCGGAGCCCGAGGGCGACGCCGUCACCGAAGUAGCCGCACUCAUGGGCGCGGCCACCAAGGGCUCCUCCAAGGCGGCCGUCCUGCAGCCCAUGGACGGCACGGGCGAGAGCUUUGACCUGUGGGAGAGCGAAAGCAACAAGGACGAGAGCGAGGCCGCCGCCGCCGCCGCCGCCGUCGCCGCCUCAUGACGUCUC